CAGAAAAACUCCAGUGGUUCAAAGUUGAUAAAUGAAAGUGUGUUGCUUGACAUGUCUUCUCCAACUCCCUGAACUCUGACGAUUCAGUGUGCAAUAGGCAACAUUUGGCUUAAAAUGCACCAGAAGUCAAUAGUCUAUGCGGCCAAAUGUCGAGUUCCGGAUUGGACUCUCCAAAACAAAUUCGGGUCUAGUAAAGUCACACCUCUAGCAAAAGACACAUGGCUACGCGCAAAAAACUGCCCCGACAUACCUUAAUAGAGAAACUUCGAACUUCCCGCACUAGACAGCUACUUUGACGAGUUAUCUGACUCGUUUCCAUUAUCAUAUAGCUACACAAAGCAACUUCCUUUCACUGAGUUCCAAGACUUUGAAGAUUUCCCUUAUGACUUUUUCUCAAUGGAACAAGUACAAGACUUUGCAUCCCAUUUUGACAUAGAUCAUGUGGUACUCGACCAAAGUCCUGUUAACCCCAUUACAGAAUUUGCUCCUUCUGGAAGUGAGUCUUCAGUGAUAAGUCAGAGUGAGUACGCAAGUUCUGGCAAGAGUGAAGAGGAAAAAGGGACAAGUAGUAGGAGAAAGAGAACUACUUUAUUGGAGUUGGAUGAGAUACAGAAACACUUUGAUGUCCCAAUCACCAAAGCAGCAAAAGAAAUGAAUGUGGGUUUGACAGUGUUGAAGAAAAGGUGCAGGCAGCUAAACAUCAUGAGGUGGCCACAUAGGAAGAUCAAGAGCUUGAAUUCCCUCAUCAAGAAUGUUCAGAACAAAAGAUUGGAGUUAGAACUUCUGGUGGUUGAGGAUUUAGGUUUCAAACGGGAGGCAGACAUCUUGGAGGAUCAGAAGAGACUUCUAGAGAUACUGCCGGAUACGGAGCUGACUGAGGAAAUUAAGAGGCUGAGGCAGGCUUGCUUCAAAGCAAACUACAAGAAGAAAAGAAUGGCUAUCCAAGCUUGACUACCUAGUCAUUUAAACAUAGAGAGAGAGAGGUCUAAUUAAUAGUUUGUUAUCUAGAAUAGCAGAAAUGACAAUACAAGUUCGCAAUCGUAUUGGGAAAUGAUAAGAUAAACUUUGAAUUAGUCUGUUUAGAGUUUAGGCUUUGAAAGCAUAGAAAUAUUUCUGGCUUAUAUUGUGGGAUUAAGUUGAUGUUGAUAUUUGCUUAAAGACUAUAGACUGUGCUUUUCAGUUCCAAAUAUUCUCAGUCAAGGAAAACUCCUUGGCAUUAUUUUUCUUGCUUACUUUUCUGAUACUAUCUAGCUAUUAAAAAUCAG